AUGUCACGAAGUAGUGAAGCCAACGAUAAUUUAUAUUUUCUAGCAAUUAGCAAAAAUAAAGUUACUAUAUAUGAAUAUAAUGCUGAAUUUAGCAAAAGUAUAAUAUCUGAUAUUGAAGAAGAAAUCAAACGAGGUGAACAUAUAAAUAGCCAAAAUGAUGAUAAUAUUCAAAAAGGUGUCGUAAAUAACACAAAUAUUAAUAAUAUUACAUCUUUAAAAAAAUCAAGUAACAAAUUUAACAAUGAUUAUUUAAUUAAUAGGGGCAUUAAUAUAUACAGAGAAUAUGAAGGUGUGGAACUAGCUACUUGCACUCAUGACUAUAAAAAAAUAAUAAUAGUUAGAAAAAAUGAUUUAAAUGUUGCAGAAAUAAUCGAUAUAAAAACGAAUGAACAUGUUAGUUAUAUAAAGACCAAAACCCAGAUAAAAAGAAUUGUUACAAGCCCUAGAGAUUCUCAUAUUGUUUUACAUUGUCAAUACAAACCUGAUAUAUCAAACAAAAAUUUGUAUAUAUAUAAAAUUAACGGAAAAAGUAAUAAAAAAAAAAAAAAAAAAAAAGAUAUCAAAGAAACAGAAAACCCAGAACAAAAUAAUGUUAGUGUUGAAAAUUUUCAAAAUGAACAAGAUGAACAUAUAAACAAUUAUAAUAAUUCUCCAAAAAAAGACGAAAUAAUAUAUAACGAAUCUUUAGUAUAUGAAAUGGGAUUAAAUAGUUAUAGUAAUAGUAAUUGGCCAUUUUUCAAAUGGACCGAAAGCGAAUCAAAUUGUUUAUGUUUAAUAAAUAAUCAAAUAUAUAUAUAUAAAGAUAAUAAUUUUAAUGUUGUAUCGGAUAAACUGAAGUUAGAUCAUAUCGAAUUUUUUGAAGUAUCCCCAGAACAAUAUAUUACAGAAAGUAGUGAAAACAAUAAUGGAAAUACAAAUAAAAGAAGGAUAUUUUUAGCUACUUAUGAAAGAGGAACUAAAGGAAAUUCUUCAGUAUUCAAAAUAUUUAACUUAGAUAAUUUAAAUAAACAUAUAUAUUCAAAAAAAUUUUUUAAUUCUGAUGAAAUAAAAUUAAAAUGGAAUAAAAACGGUACAUCAUUAUUAUUACAAAUUCAUACACAAGUAGAUAAAGAAAAACAAUCUUAUUAUGGAUCGAGUAAUUUAUAUUUCAUAGAUACAGUUAAAAUAAAAGAUGUUAACAUAAUGACAAAUAAAGGUUUAAUAUAUGAUACUAUAUGGUCAUAUAACCAAAAUAAAUUUUAUGUAUGUAAAGGUGAAAUACCAGCAGAUAUUGUAUUACAUGAUAAAAAUGGAAAUAUAAUACAUUCAUAUGGUAAACAUAAAUUUAAUACUCUUAAAUUAAAUUAUAGUGAAAAAUUGUUAUUAACUGGUGGAUUUGGUAACUUAAGUGGUGAUAUAUCUAUUUGGAAUACAAUAAAUAAAAAGGAAAUUACAAAAACUAAAUCAUCAUGUGCUGUUAUAUGUGAAUUUUUUAAUGAUGAUAAACAUUUUUUAACAGCUACUACACAUCCUAGAUUAAGAGUAGAUAAUAAUAUAAAAAUUUUCAAGUAUAAUGGAUUAAUUGUUAGUAAACUUGAUUUUGAUGAAUUAUAUAAUGUUAUUAUUUUGCCAUUUAAUAAAAUUAAAUCUAAACCAAUUGAUAGUUCAAUAAAUCCAAGUUCAGAAUUACAAAAAUAUAUUAAUAAACAAUUAGGAAUUGAUUCGAAAAAAGUUGGAAUUUAUAAAGCACCAGGAUCUACUGCUAAAACGUCUUUAAACGGCUUAGGAAUUAUGACAAGAUCUCUUAAGCCCAAAUCAAAUAUGCCCCCUGGCUGUAAUUUUGUUGUUGAGGAAAAAACAAACAAAAAAAAAAAAAAAAAAAAAAACCCAAAAAAUAAAGACAAGAAAGAAUAA